AUGGGAGCCGUCCUCGCCGGAAAUGUCCUUCCCAUUUCCUGUUCGAGGGGGAAGUGGCCGCCUCCACCGGAACAAGAGCGAACUCGGAACAGAGGUUUCACCUUACUUUCCUCUCAACAUCCUCUCUCUCAUGAGGUAUGUGGUGCAUGCAACUGCCUUGUAACUGACCCGGUAACUCAUUUUCUGAUCCAAUGUAUCAAGUUCAACGAGCCGAGAAAUAAGUACUUGAAGGCAUUUAUCACUGAAUCGAGAGAAGAUGCCAGUCGCCGCCCUCUGUUAGCUGAUAGAGGCGAAUCGUUAUUACCAGAUCGAGCUGAGGCUGCGAUAAGCGAUGCGAAGUCCUCGUACAGAAUACAUCCUUCAGGAUCGCCCGCUGGCUUGAUGGAUGGAUCCGGGAUCUUCCUUUGUGAUCCUGGUUCUUCCCUGAGGAUUAUCCUCCCUCCUGGAGGCUCUGCCCCAGCUGUAUAUGUUUAG